AUGAAUAUUUUGUAUUUCAUACUAUCUUUCACUUUUCUGUUAAUUACUAUUGCCGCCGGAGCAGAAUGGAAAAUGAUGUUGAUCUACGGGGAGCCUGUAGACAGUUCGGACUCACAGAUCGCCUACUAUUCUUCAGCUGGAUGUCAGCACUUCAAAUUUAUGGAUUCGGAAAUUAGGAAACUGAAUAGCUCUGAGAAUAAACUAGUGGGAAUUAAGAGAUUCCUGGGCACAGAGGAGUGUCCUAAACGAGUGUUGAACCCUCUGGUGGACACAGCUGGAUCAGUUUCUGACACAUGGACGAUCAGUAAUACGUUGUACAACGUCACCAUUGUUUCUAAUGGUUCCACCGUAACCAUCUCCAGACGUGUUUAUGAAUGUGACACUGGGUCUAAACUAUUCCAACGAGGACCCGUCUAUGUUUGUAUCGGUCUUCGAUUCUUUAAUUCAUCAAAAUGUGGAACUCACCCAGAAGCAGUUAGUCUUUGUCAAAAAGAUGGAUGGUUGACUAUCACUGGACCUAGAGGAACGGACGAGUUGGACUAUUUUCUAGCUCAAAGAAAAAAUGCAUCAUUGGGAAGUGGUAAUCUCAUCUGGGUUGAUGGGAUUAACGACAUAACGGUAGAUGAUACGACUGGUGGAUAUGUUAAUUAUCCACAAUGUGAUGGAUUUUCUCAAACUGACUGCAAGUAUAUGGGCCACGUUGCUUGUGCGAAUGUAUCUACUUUUCGUUGUUCUUGGCGUAAUGAUGGAGUGAAUUGCUGGCGAGGUGCGGCGUGUCGGAGAGAGUUGACAAAGCUUCAGUAG